UUUGGGAGGGAAAGAAGAUGAUGCAUAAAUUUUGAUGUCUUUAUUGUUAUUAUAAUAAUUAUCUUUUCAUCAUUUCACAAUUUUAUUUUUAUAAUAAUACAAUAAUAAAAUAAUUAGCUUCCUAAUGAGUAGAAAAGAAAAAAGAAAAAACAGAAAAAGGGUUCUGCUACCCUGCAUCUCACGCAAGCCUUUACAAGAAAGAAAAAAAAAAAAGGUUGCAACUUUACGACACCUCUCUCGACUUAAUAAAAUAAAAUAAAAUAAAACAAAGUCACUCGCUCGCUGACUCACUCGCUGACUAACUCAGUGUAUCUUCUUCUUUGAACUUUCUAGUCACUUCCGACUAGUUCCUCCUCUCCUCUCCUUUCCUUUCAAUUCAAUUCUCCAAACACGCCGGAUUUCACGUGACUCUCCACACAGACACCGUAUCAAUCAUGCGGAUCACACUCUAGUUGGAAUUCAAUUCCACGGCAACUUCCAACUUCCAACUUAUACAUUAUCAAUGGAUCUAAUACUGAUUACUGCAAAUUCAAGCCAUUUUCUUUCUGUAUAGGAUUCUUCUUUUCUUUCUUCUUCUUCUUCUUCCUUUUCUCUUUCUUCUUUUUGUGGAGAUUAUUGUAAGGUAUAUAAAUGAAGCAGCGAAAGGUGACACUGCAGCAGCAGAAAUCUCAGUAUAAUAAAUGGAAGAGAAAAGUAGUGGCAGUGUUGUUGUUAGGGUUUUGUUUUGGGAGUUGGAUUCUGAUGCAAACUCAUUACACGAGAGUUCUAGCUCUUGCUUCUUUGCAGUCCCGUUUGCUCCCUAAUAAGCCUAAAAUUGCUUUUCUUUUUAUUGCUCGAAAUCGCCUUCCUCUUGACAUGGUUUGGGAUGCCUUUUUUAAGGGUGAAGAAUCUAGAUUUUCAGUUUUUGUUCAUUCUAGGCCUGGAUUUCUGCUCAAUAAAGCAACAACAAGAUCUGAGUACUUUUUAAAUCGGCAAGUUAAUGAUAGCAUACAGGUAGAUUGGGGAGAAGCAAGCAUGAUUGAGGCGGAGCGUAUAUUGCUAAUGCAUGCAUUACAGGAUCCUAAGAAUGAACGUUUUGUUUUCCUCUCAGACAGCUGCAUACCUCUUUACAACUUUGGCUAUACUUAUGAAUAUAUCAUGUCAACAUCGACUAGUUUCGUAGACAGCUUUGCUGAUAACAAAGAGGGUCGUUACAAUCCAAAAAUGGAUCCAGUCAUUCCUGUUCAUAACUGGAGGAAAGGAUCUCAGUGGGUUGUUCUGACUAGAAAGCAUGCAGAGGUUGUAGUGAAUGACACUACAGUCUUUCCUAUAUUCCAACAUCAUUGCAAGAGGAGAUCGCUACCUGAGUUUUGGCGGGAUCGCCCCUUUCCUGCUGAUACAGCCAAGGAGCACAAUUGUAUACCUGAUGAACAUUAUGUCCAGACAUUAUUGGCUGAAGGCCUUGAACGAGAAAUCACACGAAGGUCGCUGACACAUAGUUCAUGGGAUCUGUCAUCCUCAAAGGAUCCUGAACGCCGCGGAUGGCAUCCUCUUACCUAUAAAUUCUCUGACGCUACUCCCAUGCUUAUAAAAUCUAUUAAGGAUAUUGACAAUAUUUAUUAUGAGACUGAAUAUCGUAGAGAGUGGUGCAGCAGCAAAGGGAAACCAUCCAAAUGCUUCCUUUUUGCAAGAAAAUUCACCCGUCCUGCUGCUCUUCGUCUUCUUAAUAUGUCGGUGCUGGGAGCUACCCGUAAGUCGGCAAAUAAGUCAUGAUUCCUGACAGUGCUGAAGUGACUUCCUUUUGUAGGCAUGAUGGUAGAUACAAAUGUUUAGCCUUAACCUAUACAGAUAAAAGUAGUGAAAUGUUCAGUGAAGAGAGCUGUAAAUUAGAAAGGAAAGGAAAAUUUGUUGAAAACAAGAAGAAAAAAUAUCUUAAAUACAGUGUACAUUUUUCUCAUUUGUCCAACCACAAAAGAAAAAGAAAAAGAAUAAAGGAAAACAACGAUAAGUUUGAUUUGCUGCA